AUGCUUCCAUCGUGUCGCGCCACGGCGCCGAACCUUCGAGAGAGGCUCGGCAAGGUGGUUCCGUCCCACCAAGUGAUUGGCAGCGUGCAUCAGUACUACGUGGACAGGUUUGGCUUCUCCCCAAGCUGCCAAGUCGUGGCGUGGUCAGGGGAUAACCCUUGCAGCCUUGCUGGUUUGGCGCUGGGAGGUUCGGGCGAUGUGGGCAUCAGCCUGGGGACGAGCGACACUGUGUUUGCAGUCGUGAUGGAUCCUCAACCUGGUCUGGAGGGCCACGUGUUUCCCAACCCAGUGGAUCCAUCCUCGUUUAUGGCCAUGAUCUGUUAUACGAACGGGUCGCUCACUCGGCAAGCCAUCAGGGACCGCUGUGCAGGAGGGUCGUGGGAGACAUUCUGCCACCUGCUGAAUGAAGCCCCGCCGUUGACUGGUGGGCGAAUGGGAUUCUACUAUCUUGACCCGGAGAUCAUCCCUCCACUGCCUGUGGGGACCCAUCGCUUUUCACCAAGGCAGGGUGGGGACGACUCUCUCACUCGCCUCUCCUCUGAUCAAACCUUCGAACCACCACAAGAG